UCCUGCAUUGGAAGACUUCCUCUCUGUAGGUGAGACUUCUGGAACAGAGGAGGAUACAGACUCAGCUAUAUUAUAUGGAACUUUGCGAGGAAGUGUUGUUGGAUUACGAUACUAUACGGGGAUUGUUAAUAACAAUGAAAUGGUUGCACUUCAGAGGGAGCCCAAUAAUCCUUAUGAUAAAAAUGCAGUGAAAGUAAAUAAUGUGAAUGGAGACCAGGUAGGCCAUAUAAAAAAAGAACUAGCGGCAGCGUUGGCUGGCAUUAUGGACAACAGACUGGCAUUAGUUGAAGGGGUUGUCCCUUAUGGAGCAAAAAAUACCUUUACCAUGCCUGUACAAAUGAGCUUUUGGGGAAGAGAAGAAAAUAGGGACGCAGUGCUAGAUCAGCUAAAAAGGCAUGGAUUUAAAUUGGCUCCUCCUCCGAAAGGUUCAGAAUGUGGUUUUGGAUCAAAGUGGAUUUCUGGGAGAGCUGGUCCGAGUUACAGCGCUCCAGUUCAUGCUGCUGUGCAGUUGACAACUGAACAGCUUAAAAGUGAAUUUGACAAGUUGUUUGAGGAUCUGAAGGAAGAUGAUAAAACUUGUGAAAUGGAAGGAGCAGAGGCUGUUGGCACACUCUUGCUUCCCCAUCAGAAGCAGGCUUUAGCUUGGAUGGUUUCACGUGAGAACAGUGAUGAUUUGCCACCAUUUUGGGAAGAGAGAAGUAACUUCUAUUACAAUACACUUACAAAUUUUGCAGAAAAGAAGAGACCUAAGAAUGUUCAUGGAGGAAUACUGGCUGAUGAUAUGGGACUGGGUAAAACACUUACUACUAUUGCAUUGAUUCUCACAAAUUUUCAAGAUGGGAAGCCUCUUCCUGUUGGAAGGAUAAGAAGUGAUAAGUUUUAUGAGGAAUCGGGUACUAACAGCAUGAACAACGUUGGACGCAGACUGUGUAAAGACACUUACUGUGUUACCCAAGAAGAUCCAGGCUUUGCAUCUGUUCUUCUACCUUCAUCUACUUGUUUAAAAGGACAAACCAAGAGAAAAGGUGCCACUAGUGUUCAGCCACUUGAGAAGAAAUAUUCUGAUGGAGGCCCCAGAGCAACACUGGUUGUAUGUCCGCUAUCUGUCUUAAGCAAUUGGAUGGACCAGUUUGAACAACACAUCCACCAAGAUUUUCAUGUAAAUAUUUAUGUUUAUCAUGGUUCUGACCGUAGCAAAGACCCAUCAGUUCUUUCAAAACAAGACAUUGUACUGACGACAUACAACAUCUUAGCUACUGAUUACGGAGUCAGAGAUGACAGCCCUUUACACAAAGUCGAGUGGCUGAGAAUUGUGUUGGAUGAGGGGCAUACUAUACGAAAUCCAAAUGCUCAGCAAACUAAAGCUGUGUUAAAUCUGGAGGGACACAGAAGAUGGGUACUUACAGGCACUCCUGUUCAGAACUCUGUAAAGGACUUGUGGUCUCUUAUUUCCUUCUUAAAAUUGAAACCUUUUACUGAUCAAGAGUGGUGGCAGAGAACAAUUCAACGUCCAGUCACAGUGGGAGCUCCAGGAGGACUUGGGCGUUUACAGUCUCUGAUUAGGAGUAUUACCCUUAGAAGAACUAAAACAAGUAAAGUUAAAGGGAAACCCAUUUUGGAGUUACCAGAACGUAAAGUACUUAUUCAGCAUGUGACGCUUACAGAGGAAGAGAGACAGAUCUAUCAGUCUGUGAAGCAGGAGGGCAAAGCUGCUAUUAGCAGAUUUUUCAGUGAGGGGACUGUGCUGGCUCACUAUGCUGACGUCCUUGGUGUCCUGCUCAGAUUGAGGCAGCUUUGUUGUCAUCCUCAUCUUUGUAUAAAUACAUCAUCUAGUUUUCCAGCUGAUAAUAAAACUCCUGAAGAACUGCGUGAGACAUUAGUGAGUAAAAUGAAGUUGGUUCUGAGCUCUGGUUCAGAUGAAGAAUGUGCAGUUUGCUUGGAAUCCCUGACUCAUCCUGUGAUAACACGCUGUGCGCAUGUGUUUUGUAAGCCGUGUAUUUUUGAAGUCAUCAGAAGUGAACAGCCAAAUGCCAGAUGCCCUCUCUGUAGGAAUGAGCUUCGAGUAGAGCACUUGGUGGACAGUCCCCUAGAAGAGAAAAUAGACUCCAGUAAUGGAAAGACGUCUCAUCAGGAGUGGAUAUCCAGUUCAAAGAUAAAUGCUCUCAUGCAUGCUUUGAUAGAACUACGGAGGGAUAAUCCAACUUCUAAAUGUCUGGUUGUUUCUCAGUUCACAAGUUUCCUCUCACUGAUAGAAAAUCCCUUGAAAGAAUCAGGGUUUGUCUUUACUCGUUUGGAUGGGUCAAUGGCACAGAAGAAAAGAGUAGAAGCAAUUCAGUGUUUCCAAAGCAGCCAAGCAGGAUCCCCAACUGUAAUGCUUUUGUCUCUGAAAGCUGGUGGAGUUGGAUUAAAUCUGACAGCAGCUUCCCGAGUGUUUUUAAUGGAUCCUGCUUGGAAUCCUGCUGCAGAAGACCAGUGUUUCGACAGGUGUCACAGGCUGGGUCAGAAGUGUGAUGUUGUUAUUACUAAGUUCAUUGUGAAGGAUUCAGUGGAAGAAAAUAUGCUGAAAAUUCAGAACAAGAAGAGGCAACUUGCAGCAGGAGCCUUUGCUACCAAAAAGCCUUCAGCAAGUGAUGUAAAACAAACCAAAAUUAAUGAAAUUAAGGCUCUUAUUGAUUUAUAG